CAGAACCCCAGACCUAUCGUGCGGCGAAUAACACAAAACGCCGAAUGCUGGCGAUAUCGAUAGCAUAUCACAAAUAACAAAAACACGUCACGUAAUCCGGACGGAGGCUGCUGGAAGAAUAACAGGCGGUGAAGCAGGGAAUCAUACGAAUCCAGCAGGGAAUACCAAAAAGCAAAAAGGGCGAACCAUGAACACACAAAUCGUUGUAUUUGCGGUAGCUCUGAUGAUGCACUGCAUCUCUGCCGUCGAAUUCACCUUCGAUCUGGCCGAUAACGCGGUGGAUUGCUUCUACGAGGAGAUCAAGAAGAACUCGAGCGCCUACUUUGAGUUCCAGGUGUCGGCCGGUGGCCAAUUGGACGUGGACGUCACCCUGAAGGAUCCGCAGGGCAAGGUCAUCUACAGUCUGGAGAAGGCCACCUUCGAUAGUCAUCAGUUCGUUGCCGAGACAACGGGCGUGUAUACCGCUUGCUUUGGCAAUCAAUUCUCGGCCUUCUCGCACAAGAUCGUCUACGUGGACUUCCAAGUGGGCGAGGAGCCGGCUCUGCCCGGUGUGGAUGAACAUGCCACGGUGCUCACACAGAUGGAGACAUCGUCGCAGGCGAUUCACAAGGGCCUCAACGACAUCCUGGACGCCCAGACGCAUCAUCGACUGAGGGAGGCGCAAGGUCGCAAGCGGGCCGAAGAUCUCAAUCAGCGGGUUAUGGUCUGGUCAUCCCUGGAGACGGCCGCAGUCAUCGUGAUCGGUCUCGUCCAGAUUAUGGUGCUGAGGAACUUCUUUACGGACCGAAAGCCCAGCCAGGCACACUACGGGCGGCUGUAGAGGAUCAGGUUUCAUUUUGGGAUCUAGCUUAGUUCAGAGCCCUCGGAUGGAGAGGGUCUCCUCCAAUACCCAACUGUCCAAAUCCCCCGAAAUGUUGUCAAUCUCGUCUUAGCCACAACGUAUUCAUUACCCCCCCCCCCCCUCAAGGGCGUUUCUUUUUCGGGCAAAAAAAACUCCCUAAACGACACAUGUAAUAUUUUUUGUUAAGACCCCUCCCGGUAAAAUACAUAAAAAGGCCAGAAAAUACAUUAAAAAAAAACCAGAACUCGAUAGCUAAAGGUACUCACAAAGCGUUUCAAUAGAAGGGCGUCAAUGGGGCAUGAAUCUCGACCAGAACCAAGGAAAUCGAACAACGAAUCGAAAACCCCUUUUGACUAGAGCAAUAUUUCGAGCAGUAAAAGAUUCAAGCACUAUGGAAAUGUAUCUUAAUUUCAAUCUGGACACCAAAUCAACUGAAGUUUCAUAAGGCAAAUCAACAUAUUCCAUUUCAGAUGGCGUGGCCGCUAUUAUACUACAUAUAUAUAGCUAAGAUCUGUACGUAUAUAUCUUCCAAAAUUCAGCUGAGUCAAUAGAAAAGAAUGUUAGAUUAAGUUUCAGUUUCUAUAAAGGAAGUUAAUAUACAGAUAUGACAUCAAAUUGAAUGGAUACAAAUUAAAGGAACCACGAAUAUGAUAACUUAUAACACGUACCCAUCAAGUGGAAUAAAAGGGAUAUCCUUAUC